CGCUACUUCUCCCCCACCGCCACCCCCCCUUUUGUUUUUUUUUUUUUUUGGUUUAUCCUCCCCACUCUUCAUCCGGCACCAGGCCGCCUCGGAGCAGCCAGCAGCAUGAGCGCGCACGACGAGCCCCGCGGUGACCCCGGGGAGCAGCCCGAGAGCACUGAGGUCGCCGUGGUGGAGCCGAGGCCAUCCGGGCUGUUUGGCUACCUGCUGCGGGGGCUCUUCUGGCCCUUUGGCAUCAUGGUCCGUGCGUAUCACGGUUUUUGGUGGGUGCUGGGGUUCAGGACCCCCAAGCGGGCCACCCAAGGUGCGCCUGCUGUCUCUUCUCCCGCGCGUCAGAGAAACACCAGUCGCAAGCGGCGGCGCCGGCACCCGCUCGCCUGCCUGCUGCUCGACAUGCUGCCCCGCCGGGUGCAGGCGGCACUCGGCUACCGCCUGUCCACAUCCAUCGGCUGCUCCCUCUCACCCGAGAUGAGGGUUUCUCCCACCAAACCUUGCGGGAAGGGCAGCAAAAGGAAGCAGGAGGACUUGGAUGACGAAGAGGACGACUAUGAGGAGCGCCAGACCUGGGUGGAGGCGCUCACACAGGACCUGGAAGAUCCUGACUGCUCAGAGGAGGAUCCUGAUUACGAGCCCUGUUCUGUCGAGACGGAGAGUGAAGAGUACUGCUCUCACAACGACACGGAGAGCGAGAUGGAGGUCCACGACGUGGGCGUGAGCAUUCCCAAAGAUGUGGAGGCGGGUCUUCAGACGUCAUAAGAUCCUUGUCCUGGUUUAACUGUUUGUAUAUGUGGUUUUCUAAGUCACAAUAAAAUGUAUAGUUUAACAUCA